CUCUCACUCUUGUUGUUUUCUAUUCUCAUUUCAUUUCAUAUGGAUGAACUUUUCUUUUGUAAUCAUCAUCAUCCAACAUCAUCUUUCUAAUUAAUUAUAGUUUAAUAAAAAUCAUGUUAUGUAUUGUGUCACAUUAUGAAUGACAGUUUGGAUCCAAUUUCCACCAUUGGUGGUGGUGGUGGUGGUUCCGGAGGUGAUUCACUUCCCUCCGCUUCUGAUCCAACCACCGUUCAAUUGCCAACAAUUGAAGUCUCAACCCUAGUCACCUACAUAAAGGAAGUCGUUGCUCCUGCUUUAGAAGGGCGAGCAUACGUUCAUCCAUCUUUAGUAAAUCUACUUGAUCGUUCAAGUUCACAGGAAAAAUUGAAAAAAUUUAUCACCGAUACUCAAGUAAAAUCCAUCUUAAUUCAAAGAUUCUCCAGUAAAGAGGAUGAAGAAGUAUCUGAACAUAGCUCAGAAUCUAGUGACAAUGUCGCUUUUUCCAUUACCGAGGAGGCCAGUUACUCUAACCCCCGGGUAACUGGACAUUUGUUAAUCAAAAAAUCUCCAGUCUUAGAGGCUGACAAAAAUAUUGCCAGUCAAUUGUUGUACAUGUAUUUGGAUAAUACAAAUGUCUAUGAGACUCUUCAUUAUUAUGUUAGCUCUGGUAUUGGGCCAGUUUUUAAGUCAUAUGUUAGGGAAACUAAAAGGGCAGAAAGAGACGGUGAUAAAAUGGUCCCUUCCACCGAGAAGCGAAUUGCUGAGUUGGAGAUGAAUUUAUUACAUUUACAACAAAACAUUGAUAUUCCGGAGAUUAAUUUACAAGUUCACCCAACUGUAAUAGCAGUGAUGAAAAAAUGUGCCGAAGAGGGUUGUAAAGCAACGGUAAAUGAUUUUGCCGAUAAAAUAGAUGAUUCAGUUUUCCUAAAUCAAUUACAGAAUCAGGUGAACCGGUGGAUCAGAGAGAUUCAAAAAGUGACCAAAUUAGAUCGAGAUGCGUCCACAGGUACUGCUCUUCAAGAGAUUAGUUUCUGGCUUAAUCUGGAGAGAGCUUUACUUAGAAUUCAGGAGAAAAGGGAAACUCCUGAGGUUGCCCUUACCUUGGACAUCCUUAAAAAGGGUAAACGUUUCCAUGCCACCGUUAGUUUUGAUGCUGACACCCGAUUGAAAGAAGCUCUGGCCAUAGUCAAUGAUUAUAAUCCAUUGAUGAAAGAUUUUCCUCUCAACGAUCUACUCUCAGCCACCGAUUUAGACAAGAUAAGAUCAGCCCUUCAAAUUAUCUUUCAUCAUAUGAAAAAAAUUCGUAAUACCAAAUAUCCAAUCAAACGAGCUUUAAAAUUAGUGGAAGCCAUUUCAAGAGAUUUAAUGACGCAGUUGUUGAAGGUACUGGGAACAAGACGAAUGAUGAACAUUUCUUUUGAAGAAUUUGAAAAACUAGUGAGUGCUUGUUCUGAAGUAUUUGGAACUUGGGAUGAUGAAUAUGAUAAACUUCAAGGUUUAUUAAGAGAUAUAAUCAAACGCAAACGAGACGAAAAUUUAAAAAUGGCUUGGAGAAUUAAUUUGGCUCAUAAAAAGCUUCAAACACGAGUUGAUCAAAUGAAGAGAUUCAAACGUCAACAUGAGCAACUUCGUGCUGUUAUUGUUAGAGUAUUGAGACCGGUAUCAUCUUCUCAUCGAGCUGCAAUCACCAGUACCGAAGUCGAUAAAGAGGUUGACAUGGAAGAAAAUUUUUCGGCUGAAGAAAAUGCCGAUCUCAAUGCAAUUGGUGAGGUUAAUCUUGCCUAUGAAUUGGUUAAAGAGGUUGAUCCAUUGGAUAUAAGUAAAGAAGGAAGUGACUCAUGGGAAGCAGCCUUGAAACGUUACGAAGAGAGAAUAGAUCGAGUUGAAGCUCGAAUAACAGCAAAACUUCGUGAUCAAUUGGGAACAGCUAAAAAUGCUAAUGAAAUGUUUCGCAUUUUCUCUCGAUUUAAUGCUCUUUUUGUUCGACCUCACAUUCGAGGAGCCAUUCGAGAGUAUCAAACACAACUGAUACAACGAGUUAAAGAUGACAUUGAAGCGUUACAUGAGAAGUUUAAAAUUCAAUUUCUCCAAAGUAAGGCUUGUAAAAUGUCCAAGGUUCGUGAUAUCCCACCAAUCGCUGGAAGUAUUUUAUGGGCAAAGCAAAUUGAAAGACAAUUAUCUGUCUACAUGAAACGAGUUGAAGACGUUCUUGGAAAGGGUUGGGAAAAUCAUGUAGAAGGUCAAAAGUUGAAAGCUGAUGCAGAUUCUUUCAGAGUUAAAUUAAACACUACACCAAUAUUUGAAGAAUGGGCUCGAACUGUGCAACAAAGGCAACUUAAUGUAUCUGGUCGUAUAUUCAACAUUGAAUCAGUGAGAUCUCGAUCAGGUAAAAAUAAUGCACUCAAGUUACGUGUCAACUUUAUGCCGGAAAUAAUUACCCUCGCCAAAGAGGUACGAAAUUUGAAAAGUUUGGGUUUCCGUGUUCCUCUGGCAGUUGUUAACAAGGCUCACCAAGUGAAUCAACUUUAUCCUUUUGCAAUAUCUCUCAUUCAAACAGUUAAAUCUUAUGAAAGAGCCUGUGAAAAGGUUGAUGAGAAACCCACCGUCAUCUUAUUAGUAGUUGGGAUGAAAAAAGAUGUACAAACAAUCCUAUGUGAAGGUGUUUCUCUUGUCUGGGAAUCUUAUAAAUUAGAUCCAUAUGUUAAACGGCUCGCCGAAUUUGUUCAAAAUUUCCAAGAAAAAGUGGACGAACUUUUGAUCACCAAUGAACACAUCGAAAUUGAGGUAAAAAGCCUUGAAACUUGUGCCUACUCAUCAACAAUCUUUGCAGAGAUUUUAAAUCGUAUUCAAAAAUCAGUUGAUGACUUAAGCCUUCACCGUUACUCUAAUCUUAAUCAAUGGGUCAACAAAUUAGACGAAGAAGUUGAAAAACGCCUUGCAGCUCGUUUACAUGCCGGAAUUAAAGCUUGGACUGCUGCUUUGGUUGGUCAAGAGAAAGAUGAUAUGGAUGUUAUACCCGAUACCGAAAUUGUUGCCACUCCUGUUUGUAAAGCGGGUGGUGACCCGAAAAUUCAAGCUCUUUACCAUGAAUUCCGGAUAACAAAUCAAGUCAUGUACAUCAGCCCAUCCAUUGAAGAGGCACGUUUCAAUUUACUCCAACAACUGUUUGCUUGGGAAAACGUUGCUCUCCUACUUAAUCGUAUUGAAUCAACACGUUACCAAGUUGGUUUGGAUCGAUCCUCUGUACCACAGUAUCGAAUGUUGUUGAAAAAAAUGACCGAUGGUCAUACAGCAAUUGAACAAGCUUAUGAAGCGAUUGAGGAUAAAAUUGAAAAAAUGAAAGUUUAUGUUGAUCAAUGGUUAAGAUAUCAAUCAUUAUGGGAUCUUCAACCUGAUAUGCUUUAUGCUCAAUUGGGAGAUGACAUCUCAAAAUGGAUGAAUACUCUUACCGAAAUUAAAAAAUCCCGAUCCAUUUUUGAUACCACCGAAACUCGUAAAGAAAUUGGACCAAUCAUCAUUGAUUAUGCUAAAGUUCAAUCUAAAGUUACUCUUAAAUACGAUUCAUGGCAUAAAGAGGUUCUUUCUAAAUUUGGUUCACUUCUUGGUAAUGAGAUGGUUAAAAUGCACACUCUCAUUUCUAAAUCUCGUUCUGAACUCGAACAACAAUCAAUCGAUACAGCAAAUACAAAGGAAGCAGUUACAUUUAUUACCUAUGUUCAAUCAUUAAAAAGUAAAAUGCGUCAAUGGGAGAAACAAGUUGAAAUUUACAAGGAAGGACAACGAGUCCUUGAACGACAAAGAUUCCAAUUCCCGACCAACUGGUUACACGUUGAUAAUAUUGAAGGUGAAUGGUCAGCUUUCAAUGAAAUAAUGAGACGUAAAGAUGCCGCUAUUCAAGCACAAGUCGCAAGUUUACAAGUUAAAAUUGUGGCUGAAGACAAAUUUGUCGAGACUCGAACUACAGAUCUUCUUGUUGAAUGGGAAAAAGGUAAACCGGUUGAAGGUUCAUUACCACCCAAUGAUGCUACAGCUCGACUUCAGAUGUUUGAAACUAAAUUUACUCGCCUUCGUGAGGCGGACAACGUUAUGAAAGCAAAAGAAGCGUUAGAGUUACUUGAACCUGGUGCAGCUCCUGUUCUUGCCUCUGAUGAGAAAUUAGAUGUUGCCCUGGAAGAGUUACAAGACUUGAAAGCAGUUUGGUCUGAAUUGUCCAAAAUUUGGUCUCAAAUUGAAACUCUUAAAGAGUUACCUUGGCUUUCAGUUCAACCUCGAAAAGUCCGUCAAAGUUUGGACAAUCUGAUGAAUCAAUUGAAGGAAAUGCCAGCUCGUUUCCGUCAAUAUGCAUCUUAUGAAUAUGUUAAAAGAUUAAUCCAAUCUCACCUUAAAAUUAACAUGAUCAUCAUUGAACUUAAAUCAGAUGCACUAAAAGAACGUCACUGGAAACAAUUAACUAAACAAUUACGGGUCCGUUGGGUGAUUAAUGAUUUAACCUUGGGACAAGUUUGGGAUGUCGAUUUACAACUAAAUGAAUCAAUUGUACGUGAUGUUAUUCUAAUUGCUCAAGGAGAAAUGGCCUUAGAAGAAUUCUUGAAACAAGUUCGUGAAGCUUGGCAAAACUAUGAGCUUGACUUGAUUAGCUAUCAAAACAAGUGUCGCCUCAUCCGUGGUUGGGAUGAUUUAUUUAACAAAGUAAAAGAGCACAUCAACUCAAUUACUGCAAUGAAAUUGUCACCCUAUUACAAAGAGUUUGAGGAAGAUGCUCUCGCCUGGGAAGAGAAACUUAAUCGAAUCAACGCUCUUUUUGAUGUUUGGAUUGAUGUUCAACGCCGAUGGGUUUACCUUGAGGGUAUUUUCUCAGGUUCUUCUGAUAUUCAAGCUUUACUUCCUGUGGAAACUCAACGUUUCCAUUCAAUCAGUACCGAAUUUUUAACACUCAUGAAAAAGGUCAGCAAAAGUCCAUUGGUAAUGGAUGUUCUCAACAUUCCGGGUGUUCAAAAAUCUCUCGAAAGAUUAGCUGAUCUUUUGGCUAAAAUUCAAAAAGCACUUGGUGAAUAUUUGGAAAGAGAAAGAUCAUCUUUCCCUCGUUUCUAUUUCGUCGGAGAUGAAGAUCUUUUAGAAAUCAUUGGUAACUCUAAAAAUAUUCCUCGACUUCAGAAACACUUUCGCAAAAUGUUCGCUGGUGUUUCCUCAAUCAUUUUGGACGAAGAUUCAACUUACGUUCUUGGUUUAAGUUCUAAAGAGGGUGAAGAGGUUCGGUUCGCAACACCAGUCUCAAUUAAAGAUCAUCCUAAAAUAAAUGAAUGGUUGGCACUUGUUGAGCAAGAAAUGAGAAUAACUUUGGGUAAAUUGUUAGCUCAAGCUGUCUCUGAUUCUGCUUCAUUCAAAACUGGUGACAUCAAUCCAGCUGAUUACAUGGAAUGGCUUGAUAAAUAUCAAGCUCAGAUAGUUGUUCUAGCCGCUCAAAUUGGUUGGUCCGAAUAUGUUGAAAGUGUACUUACCACAAUGUCAACCGAAGAAACUGGUGAUUUAAAACCAUUAGAAGAAGUGUUGAAAUCGGUUGAGAAGACACUAGUUAUUCUUGCUGAUUCAGUUCUCCAAGAGCAGCCUGCCCUUCGUCGUAAAAAGUUAGAACAUUUGAUUACCGAGUUUGUUCACAAACGAGAUGUAACUCGAUCAUUGAUCAGGAGAAAAGUAACUUCACCAAAAUCUUUCCAUUGGCUUAAUCAGAUGAGAUUUUACUUUGACCCUCGACGUCCAAGUGUCCUUAAACAACUUUCUAUUGUCAUGGCAAAUGCUAAAUUCAAUUAUGGCUUUGAAUACCUUGGAGUUCAGGAUAAAUUGGUUCAAACUCCUUUAACUGAUCGAUGUUAUCUUACCAUGACACAAGCAUUAGAAGCACGACUUGGAGGUUCACCUUUCGGUCCUGCAGGUACCGGUAAAACGGAAUCAGUGAAAGCUCUUGGAAAUCAGUUGGGUAGAUUUGUUCUUGUUUUUAAUUGUGAUGAAACGUUUGACUUUCAAGCCAUGGGUCGGAUUUUUGUUGGUCUUUGUCAAGUUGGUGCUUGGGGUUGUUUUGAUGAAUUCAAUCGUUUAGAGGAACGUAUGUUAUCAGCUGUUUCUCAACAAAUUCAGCAAAUUCAGGAAACUCUUAAAUCUAAUCAAAAUCAAGAUCGAACUGAUCUAACUGUUGAACUGCUUGGAAAACAAGUUCGUAUUGUCGCUGAUAUGGCCAUUUUUAUCACAAUGAAUCCUGGUUAUGCAGGUCGAUCCAAUUUACCUGAUAACUUGAAGAAACUUUUCCGUUCCCUGGCCAUGAAUAAACCUGAUCGACAAUUAAUUGCUGAAGUGAUGUUAUUUUCACAAGGUUUCCGAACAGCUGAAAAAUUAGCCAACAAAAUUGUGCCUUUCUUUAAACUUUGUGAUGAACAACUUUCAAAUCAAUCUCAUUAUGAUUUCGGUCUUCGUGCAUUGAAAAAUGUCCUUGUUUCAGCGGGUAACAUUAAACGAGACCGAAUAGCCAAAAUUAAGGAAGACAUGAAAACUCGUGGUGAUGCUGAUCUCAUCGAUGAGGCUCGAAUUGCGGAAAAAUUGCCUGAACAGGAGAUUCUUAUUCAAUCAGUCUGUGAGACUAUGGUUCCAAAACUGGUCGCGGAGGACAUUCCCUUGUUAUUUUCACUUCUAUCUGAUGUAUUCCCAGGAAUACCUUACACUCGAGCUGAAAUGGCUCAACUUAAAGAACACAUUGCAAAAGUCUGCCAAGAAAUGCAUCUUAUUUGUGGUAUCGAAAAGGGUGACUCUAAUGGUGAAAAUGCUUGGAUUGAAAAGGUACUUCAAUUGUAUCAAAUAUCUAAUCUCAAUCAUGGUUUGAUGAUGGUUGGUCCAAGUGGUUCGGGUAAAUCAACCGCUUGGCGAGUUUUGUUAAAAGCUCUUGAACGGUAUGAAGGAAUUGAAGGUGUGGCUCAUGUUAUCGAUCCAAAGGCCAUUUCAAAGGAGGCACUUUACGGAAAUCUCGAUUCUAACACUCGCGAAUGGACUGAUGGUCUAUUCACACACAUUCUAAGAAAAAUCAUAGACAACAUUCGUGGUGAGAUUAACAAACGCCAAUGGAUCAUAUUUGAUGGUGAUGUUGACCCUGAAUGGGUUGAAAAUCUCAAUUCAGUUCUCGACGACAAUAAACUACUCACUUUACCAAAUGGUGAACGUCUUAGUCUACCUCCUAAUGUACGAAUCAUGUUCGAAGUUCAAGAUCUCAAGUAUGCAACUCUUGCCACCGUAUCUCGUUGUGGUAUGAUUUGGUUUAGUGAAGAUGUUUUGUCUACUGAAAUGAUUUGUGAAAACUUUUUCCUUCGACUUGCAUCUGUUCCUCUGGAGGAAACGGAAGAAGAUUCAACACCCUAUGGAAAUAAGAAGAAAAGAUCAGAAACUGGAUCAGAUUUAUCAUCUUCUGAUAUCUUAUCGCCUAACAUGCAAGUUCAACGUGAUACCAUUAACAUACUUCGACCUUAUUUCACCUCAGAUGGACUUGUUAUCCGAGCCCUUGAAUUUAGUGCGACUCAAGAACACAUUAUGGACUUUACUAGACUUCGAGCUCUUAAUUCCUUGUUCUCUAUGCUCAAUGAAGUGGUUCGUCGGGUCCUUAACUACAAUCACAAUCAUUCCGAUUUUCCUAUGCCUUCAGAACAAUUGGAAAGUUAUAUUUCCAAAUCACUUGUUUACGCAAUUUUGUGGUCAUUUUCCGGUGAUGCAAAACUCAAGUCUCGUUGUGAUCUCGGUGAUUUUAUCCGAAAUGUAACCACAAUCCCAUUACCACCUAACACAGCUUCAUUACCAAUAAUUGAUUAUGAGGUGGCAUUUAAUGGUGAAUGGGCACCAUGGCAAAAUCGUGUUCCUCAAAUCGAGGUUGAAACCCAUAAAGUUGCCGCUCCUGAUGUUGUUGUUCCAACUCUGGAUACUGUUCGUCACGAGUCUCUACUCAAAACUUGGCUCGCUGAGCACAAUCCUAUUGUCCUUUGUGGUCCACCGGGUUCUGGUAAAACAAUGACACUUUUCUCAGCCCUUCGUUCCCUCCCUGAUAUGGAAGUUGUUGGUCUCAAUUUUUCCAGUGCUACUUCACCCGAACUAUUAUUGAAAACAUUUGACCAUUACUGUGAAUAUCGUAAAACUCCUAACGGGAUUGUUCUUGCUCCCGUUCAACUUGGUAAGUGGUUGAUACUUUUCUGUGAUGAAAUCAAUCUUCCCGAUAUGGAUAAAUAUGGUACUAUGAGAGUCAUCUCAUUCCUCCGUCAAAUGGUUGGUCAUGGUGGAUUUUACCGAACCACCGAUCAGGCAUGGAUUCGUUUGGAAAGAAUCCAAUUUGUUGGUGCUUGUAAUCCGCCCACUGAUCCCGGUCGUAAGCCACUUUCUCAUCGAUUCCUUCGUCAUGUUCCUGUGGUUUAUGUUGAUUAUCCUGGAGAAACUUCACUCAAGCAAAUUUAUGGUACAUUCAACAGAGCCAUGUUACGUGUCAUUCCACCACUUCGAGCCUACGCUGACCCAUUGACCGCUGCAAUGGUUGAAUUUUACCUCAUGUCUCAAGAACGAUUUACCCAAGAUAUGCAGCCACAUUAUGUGUACUCUCCUCGAGAAUUGACUAGAUGGGUUCGAGGUAUUUACGAAGCAAUUCGUCCAUUAGAAACACUUACAGUCGAAGGACUUGUUCGUCUUUGGGCUCAUGAAGCUUUAAGAUUAUUCCAAGAUCGUCUUGUUACCGACGAAGAACGUAUCUGGACUGAUGAAAAUGUCGACAUGGUUGCACUUAAACACUUUCCUAACAUUGAUCGUCGACAAGCUCUCGAUCGACCAGUACUUUACUCCAAUUGGACAUCGAAAGAUUACAUACCUGUCGACCGAGAAGAGCUUCGUGGUUUCAUCAAAGCUCGACUCAAGGUAUUCUAUGAAGAAGAACUUGAUGUUAAACUUGUUCUAUUCAACGAAGUGUUGGACCAUGUGCUUCGUAUUGAUCGUAUUUUCCGUCAACCACAAGGGCAUGUUCUUUUGAUUGGUGUUAGUGGUGCAGGUAAAACAACUUUAUCCCGUUUCGUAGCCUGGAUGAAUGGUCUCAGCAUUUUCCAGAUCAAAGUUCACAAUAAAUAUACCGCUGCUGAUUUCGAUGAAGACUUACGAUGUGUACUUCGUAGAUCAGGUUGUAAAGAUGAAAAGAUUGCCUUUAUUCUCGAUGAGUCAAACGUCCUCGAUUCAAGUUUCCUCGAGCGGAUGAAUACUCUUCUCGCCAAUGGUGAGGUUCCCGGUCUCUUCGAAGGAGACGAAUUUACAACCUUAAUGACCCAAUGUAAAGAAGCCUCACAACGCGAAGGCCUCAUGUUGGACUCUAACGAAGAGCUGUAUCGUUGGUUCACACAACAAGUUAUGCGAAACCUUCAUGUAGUUUUCACCAUGAAUCCAUCGUCUGAAGGGCUUAAAGAUAAAUCGGCAACAUCACCCGCUCUUUUCAAUCGUUGUGUCAUCAACUGGUUUGGUGAUUGGUCUGAUGAAGCUCUUUACGAAGUGGGUAAAGAGUUUACAGCUAAGCUUGACAUCGAUCGACCAGCUUAUCGUGCUCCAGAAUACUUUCCCACCGCUUUCCCAGGAACUCCAAUGCCAGCGACUCACCGUGUCGCUAUUGUCAACGCUCUCGUUUAUUUCCAUCAAACUCUCCAUUUGGCCAAUAAACGCCUUCUCAAACGUGGAUCUCGUAUCACAACAAUUACACCUCGUCACUAUUUGGACUUUAUCAACCAUUAUGUCAAACUUUUCCAUGAGAAAUGUUCAGAACUCGAAGAAGAACAGUUGCAUCUCAAUGUUGGUCUAUCAAAGAUUCGAGAGACAGUCGAACAAGUUGAAGAACUACAAAAAUCGCUCGCCUUGAAAACAACUGAACUUGAGGCGAAAAACCAAGCUGCAAACACGAAAUUGAAAGAAAUGUUAAAAGACCAACAAGAAGCUGAAAAACGUAAACUCCAAUCUCAAGACAUUCAAGCUCAACUCAAAAAACAAGAAGAAGCUAUUCAAGAAAAACGAUCAAGCGUCAUGGCUGAUCUAUCGCAAGUCGAACCCGCCGUGGCAGAAGCUCAACAAGCUGUGCAAUCGAUAAAGAAACAAAAUCUUGUCGAAGUUAAAUCAAUGUCCAAUCCUCCACCCCCUGUGAAAAUGGCUCUUGAGUCGAUUUGUUUGCUUCUUGGAGAAUCGACAUCUGAUUGGAAAGUUAUCAGAUCCGUUCUUCAACGGGAUAACUUUAUUUCCACAAUUGUCAACUUCCACACAGAUAAUAUAACGAAUGAUAUACGACAAAAAAUGCGAACCAAAUAUCUGGAAAAUCCUGAUUAUAACUUUGAAAAAGUUAACCGUGCUAGUCUUGCCUGUGGUCCAUUGGUCAAAUGGGCGAUAGCUCAGCUCAACUACUCGUCAAUGUUGAAGCGUAUCGAACCUCUGAGAAAUGAAUUGACCAGUUUACAAUCAGAGGCUGAAAGUAAUAAGAAAAAAGCUGCUGAUAUUGAUUCAGUUAUUGUUAAUUUAGAAAAGUCAAUUGCUUCAUACAAAGAGGAGUACGCUAACCUCGUUAGUCAAGCUCAAGCCAUUAAAGCUGAUCUAGCCUCGGUUCAGGCUAAAGUUGAUCGUAGUAUUGCUCUUAUCUCAUCGUUAAGCUCAGAGCGGGAACGUUGGGAACUGUCUAGUGAAACUUUCAAACAUCAAAUGCAGACUAUCGCUGGGGAUGUGCUUUUAUCAUCAGCGUUCCUUGCUUAUGCUGGUUACUUUGAUCAACAAUAUCGUCAAAAUUUAUUCAAUUCUUGGUGCACACAUUUACAACAAGCUGCAAUCCUUUUCCGUCCUGAUCUUGCUCGAACUGAAUAUUUAUCAACAGCUGAUGAAAGGCUAAGAUGGCAAGCAAAUUGUUUACCAUCUGAUGAUCUGUGCGUUGAAAAUGCAAUCAUGCUGAAACGAUUUAAUCGUUACCCACUGAUCAUUGAUCCAUCCGGACAAGCAACUAAAUUCCUGCUCAAUGAGUUUUCCAACAAGAAGAUUACCAAGACAAGUUUCUUGGACGAUUCGUUCCGUAAAAACUUAGAGUCUGCUCUUCGUUUUGGUAAUCCAUUGUUAGUUCAAGAUGUUGAAAACUACGAUCCUAUUCUCAAUCCAGUUCUUAAUCGUGAAGUACGUAAAACUGGUGGUCGAGUGUUGAUAACUUUAGGAGAUCAAGAUAUUGAUCUUUCACCAUCUUUCUCUAUUUUCCUCUCGACUCGAGACCCAACCGUUGAAUUUUCACCUGAUCUCUGUUCUCGAGUUACAUUUGUCAACUUUACCGUCACCCGGUCCAGUUUGCAGAGUCAAUGUCUAAACCAAGUCUUGAAAGCGGAAAGACCAGACAUUGAUGAGAAACGUUCCGAUCUAUUAAAACUUCAAGGUGAAUUUCAUGUUAAAUUACGACAACUUGAGAAAUCGCUUCUUCAAGCUCUCAAUGAUGCCAAAGGUCGGAUUCUUGACGAUGAUAAUGUUAUUGGUACAUUAGAAAAACUUAAGAAUGAAGCUGCCGAUAUCUUCCGUAAAGUCGAGGAAACGGACAAAGUAAUGGCCGAAGUGGACGCUGUGUCUCAACAAUACAUGCCACUGUCUCAUGCAUGUAGUUCAAUUUACUUCACUCUCGAAGGUCUCAACCAAGUGCACUUCCUUUAUCAAUACUCACUACAAUUUUUCCUGGACAUUUACAGUGACGUUUUACUUCGUAAUCCUCACCUCGAAGGUGUUAACGAACCAAACGCUCGACUUUCUAUUGUAACCAAAGAUCUUUUUGAGAAUGUUUACCGACGUGUGACUCGAGGAAUGCUUCAUGACGAUUGGAUUGUUUUCGCUCUUUUAUUAUGUAAAAUUCACCUUCGUGGUUUCUCAGCUGAGCCCAACUUUGAAAAUGAAUUUGAUCAUUUCUUACGAGGUAAAGAAGGUAUUUUACCUGGACAACCAACAGUGUCGUCAUCUUUACUAAACACUGACCAACUAGAAAAUGUGACCGCUCUCUCUAAGUUACCCGCUUUUAAAAGUAUCCAGCAAAAGAUUGAUUCGUGUUCUAAUUUGAAAGAAUGGCUUGAUACUACUGCCGCUGAGGAAAAUGUCCCUCAAUUGUGGGAUGAUGAGAAACUAUUAACUUAUGUUGGUAUUGCAAUGCACCAACUAUUAAUAACCAAAGCUUUCCGACCAGAUCGUGUUAUUGCCAUGGCACGAAAAGUGGUUGAGACAGUUUUAGGAGCUGCUUUCCUAUCAGCUGCUGAAACUGAACUGGACAUGACAAAUAUUGUACAGAAAGAGAUUAAACCAACAAAUCCUAUUCUCAUGUGUUACGUUCCUGGUUACGAUGCUUCAGGAAGAGUUGAAGAUCUAUCAGCUGAACUUGGAAUUAAACCUGUUUCCAUUGCUCUUGGUUCAGCGGAGGGUUUCAGCCGAGCUGAGAAAGCAAUUAAUUCAGCUUCCAAAAAUGGUGGUUGGGUUAUCUUGAAAAAUGUCCAUCUAGCUCCCCAAUGGCUUGUACAGUUGGAGAAAAAAUUACAUACCCUUCUAGCUCAUCCAGGAUUCCGUCUAUUUUUAACAUUUGAAAUUAAUCCAAAAGUACCAGUCAACUUACUUCGCGCUGGUCGAAUAUUUGUCUUUGAACCACCACCGGGAAUCAAGGCCAAUCUACUAAGAACCUUUAACACCAUUCCAGCUGAAAGAAUGACCCGACUACCAGCAGAGCGAUCUCGCCUUUACUUUUUACUCUCAUGGUUCCAUGCAAUUGUGCAAGAGCGACUUCGAUACUGUCCUCUUGGUUGGUCCAAAAAGUAUGAAUUCAACGAAUCAGAUCUUCGAGUAGCAAGUGAUACAUUAGAUACUUGGAUUGAUUCAGUUGCUCUUAACCGCACCAACUUACCGCCUGAGAAGGUUCCUUGGGACGCUAUCAGGACUCUUUUUGGUCAAUGUAUUUAUGGUGGUAAAAUUGAUAACGACUUCGAUCAACGUUUAUUAACAUCUUUCUUGAACAAACUUUUCACAUUUAAAAGUUUCGAGCCUGAUUUUGGUCUAACAACUGCUUCCGGUCCUGACGGGAAACAGUCUUUGAUAACUAUGCCGGAAGGUAAUGGUCGAGAUCAUUUCUUUGAGUGGGUUGAAAGUCUUCCGGAAAAACAAACACCCUCAUGGCUUGGACUACCUGAUAAUGCUGAGAGGGUACUUUUAACUAAUCAAGGUGCUAAUGUUGUCUCUAAAUUAUUGAAACUUCAAUUAAUUGAAGAUGAUGAAGAUGUAGUUUAUGUUAGUGAAAGUGAAACCAGUGAGGGUACACGACGAGUUAAACAAUCUUCCGGUGACGGUCGACCUGCUUGGAUGCGAACCCUUCUCAAUUCAGCAACUAAUUGGCUUCGAUUAUUACCAAAUAAUUUACAAACUCUCCAUCGAACAGUUGAAAAUAUCAAAGAUCCACUUUAUCGUUACUUUGAACGUGAAGUUAACAGUGCAUCUCGUUUGCUUGAAAUUGUCCGACAUGAUUUGGAUGAUGUUCAGCUGAUUUGUAAAGCAGCUAAAAAACAAACUAAUCACCACCGUUUAAUGAUCAGCGAUUUAGCCAAAGGUGUAAUUCCCAAUCAUUGGAGGAAAUAUACAGUCCCACAGGAUACUACGGUUCUUCAAUGGAUUGCUGACUUCAGUGAUCGAGUUAAACAAUUACAAAAGGUUUCCAAUAGAUGUACUUCAGGAGGAGCUUCCGUAUUAAAGGGAAUUAAUGUUUGGCUCGGAGGUUUAUUCAAUCCUGAGGCUUAUAUCACAGCAACUAGACAAUAUGUUGCUCAAGCAAAUAAUUGGUCACUUGAAGAGUUAUACUUGGAAGUGGAAAUUGCUGAUUCGGACAAUCAAAAUAUAGUAAUGGAUGAAUGUAGUUUUGGUGUAACAGGAUUGAAAUUACAAGGAGCAAAAACAACUAAAAAUAAACUUUAUUUAACUUCGGCAAUAAUGACAGAUUCACCAUUAACCCGUCUCAGAUGGAGCAGAGUCGAUAAAGGAACUGGAAUCAAAGGAUGUAAAGUUACCUUACCUGUUUAUCUUAAUCUCAAUCGAUCUGUUAUUUUGUUCACUGUAGACCUUGAAGCUGGACCUAAUCAUGAUGAAUUUUCUUUCUAUGAAAGAGGAGUUGCCUUUAUCAGCUCUUCCCUUGGUUAAUUGUAUCAUCAAUUUCUAAUUAUUCUUAUCCUAUCUCUCUUCCACCUUCCAUCUUUCUCCUUUUUCAUCCAUUUUUUUACUCCUUCAAAGAGUGAAAACUAAAACCAAAAGCCAUUUUAGGAAACUAAAGCAAAGCAAGAGAAAAGCUUCUCAUCUUGUAAAGUUAA